AUGUCGAUAUUGAAAGGGUUACCGUCAAAGACCCGAUUGAUGGAGGUCAAAAAGUUGGCUGCGGACAUAUUCCAGAACCAAUGGAACCCCAAUAGAGUCAGAAAUGGUGCCAAGGUGUUACGGGCACCUUUGAAAGGUCCACAAGUAGCAUCCUAUUACGGUAAUAACGACGACAUGCCAACGUUCAAAGACUUCAAAGAGUGGUUUCCCGAGCUUCAGUUGACGGAUCCAAAGGAGGAAUACAGACUCAAGAUGGUGAGAGAUAGAAAGAAGAGAAAUAAGGGUGCUCCAAAGAAGAAGACAAGCUAA